GCCGCCGCCGCCGCCUCGGGUCCACCGCGGCUCGCCAUGCCCAGCAAAACCAAGUACAACCUUGUGGACGACGGGCACGACCUGCGGAUCCCUUUGCACAACGAGGACGCCUUCCAGCAUGGCAUCUGCUUUGAGGCCAAGUAUGUAGGAAGCCUGGAUGUGCCAAGACCCAACAGCAGGGUGGAGAUCGUGGCUGCCAUGCGCCGGAUCCGGUAUGAAUUUAAAGCCAAGAACAUCAAGAAGAAAAAAGUGAGCAUCAUGGUUUCAGUGGAUGGGGUGAAAGUCAUUCUGAAGAAGAAGAAAAAGCUUCUUUUAUUGCAGAAAAAGGAGUGGACGUGGGAUGAAAGCAAGAUGCUGGUGAUGCAGGACCCCAUCUACAGGAUCUUCUAUGUCUCUCACGACUCCCAAGACUUGAAAAUCUUCAGCUAUAUCGCUCGUGAUGGUGCCAGCAAUAUCUUCAGGUGUAACGUCUUUAAAUCCAAGAAGAAGAGCCAAGCUAUGAGAAUCGUCCGGACGGUGGGGCAGGCCUUUGAGGUCUGCCACAAGCUGAGCCUCCAGCACACACAGCAGAAUGCGGAUGGCCAGGAAGAUGGGGAGAGUGAGAGGAACAGUGAUGGCUCAGGGGACCCAGGCCGUCAGCUCACUGGAGCAGAAAGGGCCUCCACGGCCACCGCAGAAGAAACGGACAUCGAUGCCGUGGAGGUCCCACUUCCUGGGAAUGACGUCCUGGAGUUCAGCCGAGGUGUGACUGACCUGGAUGCUGUAGGAAAGGAAGGAGGCUCCCACACAGACUCCAAGGUCUCACCCCACCCUCAGGAGCACAUGCUGACAGCCUCGCCCCGCAUGCUGCUUCCCUCUUCUUCUUCAAAGACACCAGGCCUGGGCACCGGGACCCCGCUGUCCACCCACCACCAGAUGCAGCUUCUCCAGCAGCUCCUCCAGCAGCAGCAGCAGCAGACGCAAGUGGCUGUGGCCCAGGUGCACUUGCUGAAGGACCAGCUGGCUGCGGAGGCUGCGGCGCGGCUCGAGGCCCAGGCUCGUGUGCACCAGCUCCUGCUACAGAACAAGGACAUGCUGCAGCACAUCUCCCUGCUGGUCAAGCAGGUGCAGGAGCUGGAACUAAAGCUGUCGGGACAGAACGCCAUGGGCUCUCAGGACAGCUUGUUGGAGAUCACCUUCCGUUCAGGAGCCCUGCCCGUGCUCUGCGACCCCACGACUCCUAAGCCAGAGGACCUACACUCACCACCACUGGGCGCAGGUUUGGCUGACUUUGCCCACCCAGCAGGCAGCCCCUUAGUUGACCACAGCAUGUUUGAGAACCUGAACACGGCCCUCACUCCAAAGCUGCAGUCGAGCCGGUCCGUCCCCCACCUGUCCAGGCCUGUGGCUCCAAGCUCUGCCACCUCUGGCUCUGCAGAUCCAGGAGGGCCAGGACUGAGGGUGGGCAGCAGCCAACAUCUUAAGAACCUGGGCAAAGCCAUGGGGGCCAAAGUCAACGACCUGCUGCGGAGAAAGGAUCCCUCGAGCCUCGGCAGUGUGGGGGUGAUGGAGAUCAAUAAGACUGCUGGUGCCCAGCUGGCCGGAGGGGCAGAUGCAGCAUGUGGGGCCUGUCUGGAGGAUGACAGGUCAGUCCCAGAGGCCUUCCCUCGGCUGGAUCCCCCACCUCCCAUAACCAGGAAGCGAACUCCUCGGGCCCUGAAGACCACCCAGGACAUGCUGAUCUCGUCACAACCUGUCCUAAGCAGCCUGGAGUAUGGGCCAGAACUGCUCCCUGGACAGCCUCAGGAGCCCCCCUGCACAGCCCAGCCUGUCUCAGCAGACACGCCACGAUCAGAGACUACCAUGGAAAUAGGAGAUAGGGGCGAGGCUCUGCCCAACGGCGAGGUGUCCCUGUCAGUACCUGACCUAAUCCACAAGGACAGUCAGGAUGAAUCCAAGCUAAAGGCGACUGAGCACAGACGAGCCUCCUCCCCUGGCCCCAUGGAAAGAAAUGGCCUCAAACUCAGCUUGAGCCCCAUCAGCCUGGCUGAGUCCUGGGAGGACAGCAGCCCCCCUCCCCGGGCACGGACUUCCAGCCUUGACAAUGAGGGCCCUCACCCCGACCUGCUGUCCUUUGAGUAGAGCUUCCUGUCUUCUUUGCCAAGCACCCUUUUCCCUUUGCUUUGCCCUCUACUUCACACAGGUCCUUGUCCUGAGCCCACCAUGUCUUUGUCUUCCUUGUACCAGGCAUAGCAGGGCACACUCUCUGCCUGAGGUGUGCCAGGGCCCGACGCCCACAGGUAGUCCCAGCUAAGGAGUCUAUACAGAAUGGCGAAAGGACUCGGCUGCCAGCAUGAUCCUGAUUUUCUGAAAGCUCCUCAGGCCAUUGGCUGUAGCUGCGGUUGCUGUAGCCCACCCACCCACAGCCUUGUCCCAGCUUCCCACAGAACUACAGGGCCACCAGCCCAGGAUGACAGAGCUGGCAGGAAUUCUCUUUGCCACUCUACUCAGACCCCUAUUCUGCCUCCUAGUCUCCCUCCCGAACCUGGUUCUAUGCCUCUCUUCCACAACGGCCUAGGAGCCCCCUGACUAGGAGAGCGGGGAAGCAGGUGGGGGAGGAAUGACGGGUGUGGCUUGAUGAUGGGACCUGGCCUGGAGAGCCACAUUCCCUGAUCACAGCCCAGCCAUGGCUCCUCCAGGGUCAAGAAAAUGUGGGCUCCUGCAGCCAUCUUUUUUUUUUCUGCCCCAAGAGGUAUUUCCCCAGCCUGUGACCUUAAGAGCUUCCCUGAGGAUUAACCCUUACCACAUAGGGCUUCCCCAUGCAGAUCAGAUGUGCAGCUGUGGAAUACAAAGUGAGGUAUCCCUAUGGCACUUGGGAAGAUGAUGUGAACCGUGGGGGGGGGGCGGGGGGAGGGGGUUAGGACUAGGCAGGCCAAGCAGAAACAGUGAGAAACAGUGGAACAUGGUCUGAUGUUUGCAGAGAAGAUCCCGAGAACUUGGGGUGGUCCUAUGAGAGCCAAGAGCAGAGGUUGGGGAAGACAGGGACUAGAGUCAGAACAGAGAGGUACACCGUUGAGAAUCAGAUCAGUGUCGCAGGGCCACCCCACAGCCAAGAAUAAGGCACUGCUAGGACUUGGGAAUGGUAAGUGUCAGAGCAGGGUGAAGCAUGUGAGAUUGGGCUGUGAUGAGGAUGUGGAGGCAAAGCACUCUUCAUGAAGCAGAAGGUGCCUUGUGCUUGUGCUGAAGUCACCUGAAUGACCUGCAGAACUGGGCCUGUCUGGGGUGGCCUUUGGCCUCGGUCUCUUUUCUGGAUGCCAUUGUUCCUCCUCUGCUCCUGCCUUCUGGAUCUAUAUAACUGGCCAACAAGGCUCAUCCACCCGUGACAGGUUCCUGCCCUCCAGGCUAACCUGCCCUAUGCUCCUCUCUCCUGGCAGGGGCUCGAUUGUGCUGUCUUCCUAUGGCCAGGAGACUCUGUAGUGAUCCCAGCCACAAGGGUCUUUGCAGCAAGAAGUAAUUCCUUUCCUUGAACAAGGUGACUGGGCUCCCGUGAGGAGGUUGGGGAUGGUGAAUUCAGCCAGGACAGGCCAUGGUGCUGUCCUCUGGUUCUGAUUCUUGCAGCCUCCCCAUUUCCACUUGUUUGGCUUCCUACCACGAGCUCUGGAACACCCAUGGGCUCAUGGUUCAUCAUCACCCAGCUGCUGCUCUCCUCCCCACCCUGCCUCCAUAUAAAACACCCAUGCUGACUCCCACAGAACAGGAGGCCGCAGCAGGAUUCCUAGAAGUGAAUGCCUUUUUGUACACAUGGUUAAGCAGCUGGAUUGUCUUGGCCAUCUCUGCCCUCUUCUCUCCUACCGUGUCUUCCCUUGCCCCAGAAAGCAAGGCUUUGUCCCACACUCCCUUCAAAGUCCUGUCCUUUACGUGUAGAUUAGCGAUGGCCCUGGUGGAGUGAACAGGGCUAUUAGCACAGGUGUAGAGCUGCCUUACUCCAGAAACAUUCCAAGGUGGGAUAUCUGACCAUCAAGCUAGAGAGAUGUCCUUGAGAUCAGCAUUUGAGGUCCUAUGAGUUUUCCUAGAGCAGUUUGAGGCAUUAACCCCAAAAUACACAGAGCAAAGAUGUGGGGUGUAAACUAGAAAUACACAUCAGAGAGCAAGCCCAGUGUCAUCUCAGAUGUUCAUGCCAGAAGCUGUUGGCUUCUUUGACAGGAAGACCAGCAUGUGCCAGCCCUCUGGGGCCACUCCUACCCAAGAAACCCAGUGAUAUGGCAGCCACCAGAUGGACAGUACCAGCCUUGGAUUGCUUAAAGCAGCCAGGCAGUGCGGGAGUCCUGGCUCUCCAACCCAAGAUUAGCUAUGGGCCUUCACUGUGUUGUCCCCAGACCCCUGUCAGGGAGAACCUCUAGAUUUUUAGUCAUGCCUGAUAAUGAACUAGGAGUCAUGGGACCCUACACCAACCCCUAGGUGCCCGGAUAUCAGCUGUCUCCUGCUACAGGAGAGACAAGCCACCAUGGAAAGCCCUCACACUGGGCUUUCUCUUAAAUGCUGCCAGAGUGACCUGGUGCUAGGGGCUAAGUGCCGCUGCCCAGAGCCCAGCAGGACCAAUGAUCACACCAGCUCCUCCAUCCAGAGCCCCACCUGGCUUGGUAUCCAUCUCCACAGUCUCACCUUCCUAUGAGACUUCAAGAUCUCAGCCACGCCUCACAAUCCCUGAUGGAGUCCAGCUCCUCAGGGGCUUGAAGGCUGCGUAACAAGGAAGAUGAAGGGCCUGUCUUCUGUGUUCAUUUAAGGACGUUUUGGGGGCCAUGGAGCCUUUUCUCUCCCCACUUCUCCAUAACCCCCACUGUAUAUUCCCAAUUCAGCCUCUAGCUCUACUCGCCUAGAUCACAAGGUGAGCUCCCAGAGCCUGGAAGGAGGGUUGCCCCCCGCCUCCACCCUUGCACACAGAGAAACACACCUGUGAAUAUUCUGUAUGGCGGUGACAUGAAGACAUAUGUUUGUAAUCCAUCAGCUUUUAAAGAACAAGUUCGGCCCCCAUUUGGAAAAGCAAGAAGAUUAUAGACCUAUCGAGUACUUUUUAGAGAAGUCAUAUUUAUAUUUUUAGAGAUUUUCUGUAGAAGAUAAUUGCACAAUAAAAAGAUAACAUGUGC